AUGGCAUGGGGUCUAUGCAAGUGCUCACAUGCUGUAGUACUGAUAUUGAUAUUUCUUAUUGCAAUAAGAUCUGGUGUCGUUCAUGCUGUUUAUACUAUUAUACGGCAAACCUCUUGCCCUCCAGUUGGCUUUAGCAUCUUGAGAGCUUUCUUGAUCAAACCUGUUCAUUUAUCAGGUUAUAGUCCAAGAUCUAGUGAGCGCCAAGGAACUCAUGGUAUGAGUUCAAUUGAUCUUCAAACUGCAUUUGGUUAUAACCCAGGAGCUUCAAUGUUACAAAACAUUUGGGGACCUUUGGCUGUUUUGGUAGUGAUGCAGCUAUAUAGCUAUGAAAGGAGGCAAAGCAAAAGAUCUGGAUCCAGUGAUUAUGAUGCACCAGAAAUAGGACCUUUUGCUUUUGCCAGACGUCUUUUGUUUCGGCAUGCUGAGAAAAUACUAUCUCUUGCCCUAUUUUAUGCUUCCUUAUCUCCUAUAAGUGCAUUUGGUUUCUUGUAUCUUUCUGGUCUGAUUAAUUGUUCAAGAUUACCAAAGUUGUCUCAGAAGCCUGCAAAAAUAUUUCUAGUUUAUUCAGGACUUCUUAUAAUGGUUGAAUAUCUUUUCCAGAUGUGGGGAAAUCAUGCUGAGAUGUUCCCUGGUCAAGAGCACUGCAAGUUAUCAUUAUUUAUGGGUUUGCAGUUGUAUAACCCUGGCUUUAAAGGUUUGGAGUCAGGCUUAAGGGGAAAGGUUGUGGUUAUCGUAGCAUGUCUACUUCAAUACAAUGUUUUUCAUUGGUUGGAUAAAAGGCAUGUUUAUGGAAAUGGAGGAAAAUGGAAUGAGCCUUGUCCUCUGUUCAAUGCAAUAGAAGUUCCUAAUGAUAUUCCUGCUGGUGCAUCACAAAGCAAACAAUUUGAAAAUUCCACUUCACCAACAUUUAAAAGAAGUGGAAGAAGUCAUUCAUGGCCAACUUUUAAUUCUGCCUUAUCCCAAGGGCCAGAUUCUGUUACUGAAAGAGACAGUGCCAAAAAAAUACGUAAUUUUCAUUUAUGGGAGAGUUCCAAGGAUAGCUUGAAGUGGGAUAGAAAGCGGAUUCUUUUCUUGAGAAAAGAGAGGAUGGAGAUGCAGAAGACUGUUUUUAAAGUAUCUAUCAAGUUCUGGUUUGAAAAUAUGUUCAACUUAUUCGGUCUUGAAAUCAACAUGAUUGCUUUGCUUCUUGCUAGCUUUGCUGUGUUGAAUGCCAUCUCUCUGCUCUAUAUAGCAUCACUUGCUGCUUGUAAAUUGAAGAACAAGUACCAUGCAAUGACUGUUGGAGGAGAGUAUCAGAUAUACAUUUUUGCUACUGCAAAAAAUGUUGGAAUUAUUGUGGAUGAUCCUCGUAUGCUUAUUUGGUAUUACGGUGUUUUCAUGUUUUCAUGUUUCAAAUUCCGCGCUGACCAAUCAUCUUGUUUCACCGGAUUAGAGAUGUACCAGAAGAUUCUCUCUCAAUGGAAAUCUGCUUCUGUACUAAGUGAUCUCUCAUUUGAAACAAAAGGAUAUUGGACAUUUGUCGACCACCUGAGGCUUUAUGGUUACUGUCACUUGCUAGAUUUUGUUCUCUCAUUGAUUUUGAUUACAGGAACUUUUGAAUAUGAUAUUCUGCAUCUUGGUUAUCUUUGUUUCGCUCUGGUUUUCUUCCGAAUGAGGCUAAAAAUACUAAAGCAGGGAAAUAGAAUUUUUAGAUUCUUAAGGAUGUACAAUUUUGUUCUUAUUGUCAUGUCUCUUGCAUAUCAAUCUCCUUUUGUUGGAAACUUUAGUAGUAUAAAACAUGGUUCAAUAGAAUCCAUCAAUGAAUUGGUGGGAUUCCACAAGUAUGAUUACGGAUUUCGAAUUACAUCAAGAUCAGCAAUUGUGGAAAUCAUAAUAUUUGUGUUGGUAGCACUACAAUCGUACAUGUUUUCAUUUCCAGAGUUUCAUUAUGUUUCAAAAUAUCUCGAGAAAGAGCAAAUUGGUGCCAUACUUAGACAGCAGGAGAAGAAAGCUGCUUGGAAGACUGCUCAGUUGCGACACAUACGUAAAGCUGAAGAGUUGAAGCAUCUCCGAAGUUUGCAGGUAGAGAAGAUGAAAUCAGAGAUGUUAAAUCUCCAAAAUCAGCAACAUAAUAUGAACACUAAAGCGAAUUGUUGUAAUGCUUCUCUCGAAAUUGAUGGCCUUAGAAAGAGAGCAAACUCAUCCGUAGAUUUGCACCACUCAUCCGUAGAUUUGCACCAGCAAAAUGGAUUCAGGAAGCAAGAUCUUGAUAUGAAUAUUGAACCAAUAGGCUCAUUCGAUGGGAAACAAUCUUUACUGAGUGAAAAAUCAAAAAGUCCAUUGAUACCACAAUAUCGGAAAUAUCCAAUGGAUUCUCCUCAUGGAAUUGUGGAUGGAAAGGAAAGAACUAAAAACAAUGAUGUUUUGGAUUUGGAAAUAAGAAAUUGUUAUAAACUUCCAAUCAAGAGAAAGGCUUUGGUUUCAGCUAUCCAUUUCAUUGGAAAUGGACUAUCUCAGGUGCAAUCUCUUGGAAAUGUGGCAGUUAACAAUCUAAUGAACUAUCUAAAGAUAGAACGUGGAGAACUAGAGUCAACUGAAGAUUCUUCCGAGGAUGAGGUGUACUAUGAGAUUGAAAUUGAGAAUCAGAAUGUCGGUUCCGAACCUUUAGAACCUAUAAUUUCUACACACUCUAUUCAUGAGCAUACUAUGCCUAAUACUGCUUGCCACCAAAUUGGAAUUAUUUUACGUUAUAUGUGGUCCCGAAUGAGGUCAAAUAAUGAUGUUGAUGGGGGUUGGACUGCAGAUCUCAACUUUUGUAAGAGAAGAAUUAAGAGCUGCACAGAGAAUGCAAAGUGCUCCACCAGCCAAGAGAGAUUACAAAGAUUAUUUUUACCCUUGAAAAAUAUAUUGAAAGUUUUUAUCAGAAGUCUCUGUAGGUACUGGAAAUCAUUGACAUGGGAUGCAGAAACUCCCCCUUACUUUGUUCAACUGUCUAUGGAAGUAAACUCGUGGCCAAAAGAGGGAAUUCAGCCAAAGAAAAUUGAAUCAAGAAUAAAUAAGUUGCUGAAGAUCUUGCAUAAGAGGAGAUGCAAAGAGGAUAACCAUUUUAAGUUGCACUCGGCAAGUAGGGUUCGUGUACAGAGCAUUGAAAAAGGCGAAGAAAACGAAAAAUUGUGUCUAGUUGUUUUUGAGGUGUUAUAUGCCUCCCCUCCGAUUGAGUUUGCUGCUGAAGAAUGGUACACUUCAUUAACUCCAGCGGAAGACGUAUGCAAUGAGAUUCAAAAAGCUCAACAUGUUGGUAUUUUUAAAGAAAUUGGGUUUCCAUAUCGCAUACUUUCUGUCAUUGGUGGUGGAAAAAGGGAAAUUGAUUUGUAUGCCUACAUCUUUGGAGCUGAUUUAGCUGUUUUCUUCUUAAUUUCCAUUUUAUAUGAAUCAAUUAUGAAAGCUAAUUGUGAUUUUCUUGAAGUCUAUCAGCUUGAAGAUCAAUUCCCAGAGGAUUUUGUAUUAGUUCUCAUGUAUGCCUGGGACAUGGAUCCUUUGCACAGAUAUUCUGGAAUACUAGCACUCCGUGCCAUUUAUCUUACAAAAUCAAUUUCUCUAGUUUUGCAAGCCAUACAACUUCAUUUUGGGAUUCCACACAAGAGCACUUUGUACAGACAGUUUUUGACGAGUAGUGUUUCUCGAAUUAAUGUUUUGGGUUUUCGACUAUAUCGUGCUAUACCUUUCCUUUAUGAAUUGAGAUGUGUGCUAGAUUGGUCUUGCACAACAACAUCUUUGACUAUGCAUGACUGGCUAAAGUUAGAGGACAUUCAUGCAAGUCUAUUUCUUGUCAAAUGCGACGUGGAUCUGAAUAGAGCAACACACCAACAAGGACAAAAGCAAACAAAAAUGACGAAGUUCAGCAAUGGGAUAUGUUUAUUUUUUGUGUUACUAUGUGUCAUAUGGGCUCCAAUGCUGAUGUACAGCAGUGGUAACCCAACAAAUAUUGCGAACCCAAUCAAAGAUGCAAGCGCCCGGGUUGAUAUACAGACAUCAAGUGGAAGGUUGACAUUGUUCGAGACUACUUUGUGCGAGAAAAUUUCUUGGGAAAAUCUUGAAGCACGCGCAAGUUUGGAUCCCCAGGGUUAUCUUAGUGCAUACAAUGUGGAAGACAUUCAAUUAAUUUGCUGCCAUUCAGAUGCAAGUACAUUAUGGCUUGUUCCACCAAUUGUGCAGGCCAGAUUUACAAAGUCCCUUAGGCGGAACAUGGAUAUUACUUUCUCCUGGGAAUUUAUCAGAGAUAGGCCUAAAGGAAAGGAAGCAGUCAAGUAUGAAUUAACCAUACUGGAGCAGGAUCUUCCCAAAUCUUCAGAAGUGACUAAUGUUUUUAAUGGUACUUCAAACAGUUUUGCAGUAUUCAAUAUUUACCCCAGAUAUUUCCGAGUCACAGGCUCAGGAGACGUGCGAUCCCUUCAACAGUCGGUGGAGCUGGUUAGUGGGGAUCUUGUUCUUAACCGUGGAGAUCCUGAGUGGUGGUCCUUUUAUGAUUUGGGCAUUUUAGGUUCACUUGGAUGUGGGAAGUUCCCAGGACCUAUGGCUAUAAUUGUAUCCGAAGAAACCCCACAUAUAUAUGCUGCAAGAGCUGCUGGAGAGCUUGAAGUGGAAGAGAUUUUGUAUUGGACGCUUAUUAAAAUCUACCGCUCGCCACACAUGCUGUUAGAGUAUACUCAGGCUGAAUAA